AUGGAUUCGACCGCUUUGAUUCUUCUACCCUUCGCCCUGUUCUUCGUGCGAGUUAUCGGCGACGGCAAUGCGCGGACGUUCACGAAGCCUAACGGCCAGAAGCCGCAAUUCAUCUCGUUUGACACUACAGGUGGAGAGGUCGAGAUUAAUUGGGAUGUGUCGGUGCCCUUUUUCACGAUACCGCUGAAUCACGUGAGCGAGAGUGGCGAGGUGUUACCACUGCUUAACGUUAACACGAGAGGAUUGUCGGUCGCCGGUGUACUAACAGCGAUUCUCACUUUCAUGGUGCCCCUCUUAUCGAAGCCAGGCUCGGGAAUGCAAUAUCGAAGUCUCGACUCGCAAUGGUUGCAAGUCGGAGAUACGAUAAACGAGAUCGUGUUUAGCAAUCGGUACAUCACACCCUGCGUCCAGCGCAUCGUUUGCACCGUCGUUUCCGAGGCGAGUCAUUCCGACAACCCUACAAGUACGGAUAAGAUUAUCGAUGGCUUAUCAAGUCACAAAUGGUUUAAAGAAUACACAAAUGGCACGGUCCUUCAGGAGGCUAUUAGAACAGGUCGAGAAGGGUACCAAGACUGCGCCCGCGUCUACAAGGAGUGCUUUGUGACACCGAAAAUCCUUAAAAAUAUGAUGGCGCAAUUCGGCGUAAUUUGAUGCCGCGACGUAUUUGACAUUCCAUAAUUGUAAAAUGUAAGAGUAUCAUAUCGGUCACGAGACGGACAACGUUUGCGUAAUUUUUUCAAACGAUCACACAUCGUUUUGUUGCUGAAGCAAACGGCGCGACGUCGCGAAUGGCUUUGCGAAAAUUUUGCAAAACACCCUCGGACCCGGUGAAUCUGUCUCACGUUCAAUUUUGAAACUGUCCGCGGCGUAAUUUAACGAGCGAGUUACAUCAGGACGGCCGAUCUUCAUUAUCCUGAUGCACGAGGUGUGAAAUUUCGUCGUGCUUAAGAGAAACCGCGCCGCGUUUAUUUAGAUGACGGCGCUUUCACUUUUCCUUUUACACAAAUCACUUCUAUUUUGACAAGCACACAAUGAGUCUGUCAUAUAUGAUUCAUUCUUACUUAUACUAAUUUCGCUUAAAAUAAACAAUUACGAUUUCUUUCAUGACAACGCAAAUAAAAUUAAGAGCAUUCGUACGUAUGAGCUUUUUCUGCGAAUUUUUUUCUUUGAAGUGAAAAUAUUUAAAUUUAUUCGAAAAAUUGAAGAGACAUAAGAAAAAGAAUUUGUCAGUAGACAGACAUGAUAUGUGUGUGAUUAUUUUUUUACUUACAAA